AUCGUAGCUCCUACGUCGAGUAGAAAACAGUUACGAACGUUGGUUGUUCAAUGUUUUCGCUGACAUUCCAAUAAGUUGAACUGUCAGUGCAUUUCGACAAAACCGCGUGGCUCUCAAACAUUCAAGUCAAAACUGCAGUGUUUUGGACAGUCUCCUAAAAGAAACGACGAAACGUAAAGGCGAAAAACAUUCUCGGUGACCACGACAUUUGCAACCAUCGUAUACGUUAUUCAGCGAUUUGAAAAGAAAAUGCCAACCCGCUUCUCCAUAACCAAGCAGCUAUGACGUCAAUUUUCGUAAUUGGAAUUCAACUGUUAACUAUUGUUGCUUUCCUGGUAACGCCAACCUUCACAGCUUCGUUUUUUGGAGACAGCUAUGCUUCAGUGCCAUUUCAAGACGCCAGCAGCAGCACCAAUGUAUUUUUACGGUUCAAAACUCGUCGUAGUGAUGCGUUACUGUUCUUAGCGUUGGGGCCUCCAGAUUACUGCCUGGUCAUUCUUGAAGAAGGGGAAAUCAAGGUGCGGAUUAAUCUUGGAUCUGGAGAAGAAGUUCUAACAUCCUUGCCGGGACUCAAGUUUGACGAUCUUUUAUGGCAUGAGGCAAAAAUACACAGAGUUGAUGGGGAAGUAACCCUUGUAAUAGACGAGAUUCACAAAACUUUCCUCCAUAUUUCAGGUCGCUUUUUUGAGUUGAAUAUCAAAUCUGGUAUUUUUCUGGGCCAAUUAGGAAGCGACAGUAAAGAACUUUUCAGAAAUAUCCAAAGCUUCCGAGGAUGUUUAGAAAGUGUAAUAUUCAAUGAGCACGAUGUUUUACGACUUGCAGCGGAAUCACUAGAGAAACACGUUUUUGGAGUUACUUGGGACUGUAGAGAGGAAUUUGAGGCAUCGUCACUUGAACCAAUAAGCUUCAUUGAAGAUGGUGCCUUUAUAGCUCUGCCCACAUUAAAGGCUAGAAAUGGAGGUAAUUUGACCUUUGAAAUCAAAACUCAUUCACAACUAGCAGUACUACUCUACAAUGCUGGAGAUCAUUCUGAAACAGAUUUUGUUGCAGUAGAGAUUGUCGAUGGCUUUGUAAUUUUAUCUGUUAAUGAAGGUAAUGGAGUGAUUGAAAUUCAGUCGGACGUUAUGAUCAGUGACGGUGAAUGGCACUACGUGGAAGUGGACUUUAGCUCUAUGUUCCUAGAAAUUGAAGUCGAUGGCAAACGAGAGUCCCUCAGACCAAGUGUAGGGCAAAAUCGAUUUUUUGACCUUGACGGUUUCUUGUAUAUUGGUGGAAUAGAAAAGAAUAAACAGUCCAGAGCUCUGCAGCAGGGUAUAAAAUCUCUGGUUCUAGGAAGUACUAGCAGUUCUUUAGGUGGAUGUCUGCAAAAUAUUAAACUAAACGAUCAACAGGUCGGCCUCCAAGAAGUUCAGUUUAGCUUGGGUAUCAAACCAGGUUGUGUUUGGGAAUACCCAUGUCUUCAAAGUCCAUGUAUUUCUGGAGCUCAUUGUUUACAGGAUGGUUUGGAAAACUUCCGCUGUGUUUGUGAUAAAUUAUUUUGUAUAAAUGAAAGUUUCACUGCAGCAUACAAGCUCUAUGCCCAGUCUUUACCUAUUGAUGUUGAAAUUUUGGCGGUACGUCCCUUGAAUAUCGCAGAAGGAGGAAGUAGUGUGAUAACUUCUGAAAACAUCAAAAUUACAGUAGAUUUCCACAGAUAUGGAAUAACUGAAUCAUAUGUUAUUUUCCAUAUCGUUAAUCCGCCCAAGCAUGGAUUUGUAGAAGUUGAGAUUUGGAAAGGAUCAUCGGAUAACAUUUUUACGUUAUCUGAUCUCAUUUCCAAUAACAUACGUUAUACACACGACGACACUGAACAUUACAAUGAUCAAAUCCUUUUCAAUUUAGAAUUUAGAGCUCAAAACUUUCGUUUGCCUCCGUUUCUUGAAAAGCGACAGCAAUUUCUCUUCCACAUUAUAAUAACCCCAGUAAAUGAUCCCCCAAAAUUAAAACUAUCCUCAGAUCAAAUAUUAAGACUCCCGAAACACACAAAGAAGACGAUAACUCGUGAUAUUCUUCAAGCCAACGACCCAGACAGCAAAGAUUCCGAGUUAGUCUACACUGUAGUGAGUUUAGGUUCAGAGACUGGGGGUUUCUUUGAAAAUGCUAACUUUUCUGGUGAACAGCUGAAAUCAUUCACACAGGAACUAGUAAAUCAGAAGCUUAUUAACUACGUUCAUCGUGGAACCGCAAGUUCUCGAAUUGCACUUCAAAUAUCUGAUGGAAUUGAAGACGGACAAACUGCUGUUUUAAAGAUUGAAGCCUUUGAAUUAAUUCUUUCACUGGUUAAAAACACUGGUAUUGAGUUACCUUACAAAGGGCAUGUCCUCAUAACAACAGAUAACCUUACUUUUACGAAUAAUUCACCUAAUGAAGAUCUAAGCAUUAGAUAUAAUAUCACUAACUUACCUCAGUUUGGCAACAUCCAAAAAAGAAGAAGUGAUGGUCUUUGGAAAAAUGUGAACCAUUUCAAUCAACGGCAGAUUAACAAAUCUAAAAUUAGAUAUAUCCAUAUCUCAGGAAAACCUUCUCAAGAUGAAUUUAGAUACACAGUAACAUGCGAAGGAAUUAAGAUCCAAGAGCCUUACAGUUUUUAUAUUAAUUUCAUAAAUGUUUCUUUAAAAGAAAUAAAAAACGAAAUACUGUUCUUGAAUGAUGAAAUGGAAGCACCACUAACUAUGGAACACCUGAAAUAUCAAUCAAUACCUGCUAUCGCAGAUUAUCGAAACAUAAUUUUUACUAUAAGAUCUAUUCCCAAAUAUGGAGUUUUAUAUCUUAUUCCUGGUAAAAAACAUAAAUUUCGACACAACAAAAAACUACAAGAAGGAGCCAUCUUCACCCAGGCUGAUAUAGAAAGUAAAUACGUUUUCUACAAACUAAUUCGAGAAUCUUACUCAUCUCUAAAUGAUAGUUUUACCUUUGAAGUAAAUAGUUUUGGCACAAAAACUGGUCCUAAAAAGUUUUCAAUACAGUAUCGUACAGUUGAAACAAGUGCUAUUGUUGAAAUAAAAAGUUUGACUGUAGUUGAAGGAGGGAAAGUAAAAAUUGGGAAGAAAAAUCUACAUAUUUACAGUCCACAUUUACCUAGUAUGAUCUAUAAUGUAACAGCGAAACCUCAGUAUGGUGUACUAAAGCUACUUCUUGAAGAUCACAUGAAAGAUUCACCAAGUUCUUUCACUAGUGUAGAUUUACAAGAAGAAAACCUUCUGUAUGUUCAUGAUGAUUCAGAACAUGAUGAAGAUAGUUUCCAAUUUAUGGCUUAUUCUCAGAAUUCCAACAAUGAUGCUGUGUUGUAUGGAACUUUGCAUAUUGAGGUGAUUAUGAAAAACGACAACCCUCCAGUCCGAACGGUUGAAAAGCCCUUCUUGGUGCAAACAAAUGGAGAAAAGAAACUAACAGGGAAAUAUCUUCAGUAUAAAGACAAAGAUAUCGACUCUUCUCCAGCACAGAUGCAAUAUACACGACGGGCUAUACCAAAUGGUGCGCUUUACCACAUUAAAAAUCCCAGUGUUCCGGUAUUUCAGUUCACACAGGAAGAUUUAAAUGAGGGAAAGAUUAUUUUCCGACACAGUGGUGAACUUUAUGGGAAGACUAUCCUUUGGAUUACAGAUGGUCAGUUUUUUGUAACAGGCGUAUUGGAAAUAGAAGUCUCAGAACCCUUUAUCGAACUUACUAGAAACACAGGUUCGAUAGUGAGAAGAGGAAAGAACGUGGUAAUCACCUCCCAAAAUCUAAGCGUGAAAACGAACGGUGAUUUCAAUGGUGAUGAUGUCAGGUUCAAGAUUGCCUCUACUCCUAAGCAUGGACACAUCUUAGUAAAUGGUAAAAAAGAGAACCAAUUUACUAGCAUAGAUAUAGAAAACGGCAAUGUGGAAUAUGAGCACGACAAUAGUUUUAGUUUCUCAGACGUUUUUGGUUUUGUGGCUUUUGUGGAUAAGUUAAAUAUUGAAGGAAACUUUUCGAUAAGUAUAUACCCAGAUAGCUAUUGGGAUCCUCUGAAAAUUGUAAGCAACAAAACACUACACGUUAACGAGAACAAAAGAAGGAAAAUUGGCCCUGCUUUUUUGAAUAUUGCUCAUACUAAUGUUAACCCAAUGAAUAUUGAAUACACCAUAAGAUCAGGUCCCUUUCAUGGUCAACUAAAACUAAACGAUUCAGACAAAUCGCUUAAGAAAGAAAAUCACAUGUCUGGUCUUACUUUUACCCAAGCAGACAUCAAUGAAGGUUUAUUAAUGUACGUACAAACAAAGAAUAAUGUUACAAAUGACAGUUUUUGUUUUGAUGUUACAAAUGGGGUUACCUCGUUACAGAAUUUAACGUUUAUGAUCAAUAUAAUUUCUAAAAUUAUUUUGUUAAAAACAGGAAAUAUAACAGUGGCAGAAGGCAAACUUGUAGCUUUGACUGAAUACGUGCUAGAUGUGGCCAAUCCUUAUUUCGCCCAUUGGAUUUCGGACUUUCUUAUCAUAGAACCGCCUCGAAAUGGACAUAUAAUAAACGUUAAAGAUCCUGGAAAUAUGGUCAUGGAGUUUUCUCUUGUACAGUUGAAGAAUGGCUUGAUUCAUUACAGACAUGACGAUUCAGAGACAACUCGAGAUUGGUUCACUGUGGUUGGAAGACCUGCAGACUUGAGCAAGGAAAGUGCACCGAGCACUAUACACGUGCGUGUUACCCCUAUCAACGAUGAAGUUCCUUACCUAGUUAACAACACUGGAUUAGAGGUGUGGGAAGGAUCUUCGGCCUCUAUCACUAGUCGUCAUCUAGCGGCAGCUGACGAUGACUCUGAACAAGAAGUUUUAACUUUUGAGAUUUCUGUACCAAGAAAUGGAUACAUUUCCUUGAAAGAAAGUGCCAAAACUCCUAUCGUUAAGUUCACUCAAGCCCAAAUAAACAGAGGAAUGGUGAUUUUUGUUCAUACAGGUGAAAGAGCUGGGGGAUUUCGAUUCCAAGUCAACGAUGGUCUCAACAAAGACUCCCCUCAUGUGUUUACUAUCACAGCAAGAGAGUUGAAGUUAGAAGUUAAGGUGAAUGUGCUACUAAGGGUUUUGCCUCGAAUGCAACAAUCCAUUACACAAAGUCAUCUUUUAACUGUAAUCAACAACAAAAACUUCUCUCAACAGAUAGUUUAUCAUGUCCGUCGCUCCCCUCAGUAUGGAAAGAUUCUUCUAGAAAAUCACAAUGGUUCAGUAUCUGAAGUAUUUCAGUUUACUCAGAACCACGUGAAUAAUAACAUGAUCUUAUAUGAACACGCUAAGCCUAUGGCCGACUUAAAAGUUAAUGACACUGUUCUUUUCGAUAUCGAAACUGAACAUGCGUCGCCCUUGAAGGAUGUUGAAUUUCACAUAGAAAUAUCUGUUGGAACAUUUACUGUCAGUGAUCUGCAAAAACUGGUUGUAGUAAGUCCAGUAAAUGUCGAAGAAGGAGGCAAUGUUUCCAUUGGAAAGGAACAUGUUAAUCUGCAGUCUCUGCUAACAUUGUGGGAAGAAAAGGGGAAACAGGAGUUUAUCAACAAACUGAAGUUAACAGUAGAAGAGCUGCCAAAAAAUGGCUGGCUAGCUUACGAUAAUAAGAAUAUUACACAGAGAAAAAGAUUAUUGUUUAAUCAUGACAUAUUUAACAAGAACUUGUUAACGUAUUAUCAUGAUCAUUCCGAAUCAUUAUCAGACAAUUUUACUUUAGGGUUUUUUAUUUCAGUGGAAGAUAUGUUCACGGACAUACUACCUUUCAAUAAAACUUUAUAUGUAAAAGUUUCGUCUGCAAACGACCACGCUUUCAAUCUAUUAACAAAGUCCCCUACAUGUGACGUUGUUCGAGGACAGCGGUCACUUAUUUCUUCGCGAGAAUUAUACACAGAAGAUGAAGAUGGACUUCCAAAUAAUAUCACAUAUGAAAUUACAAGUAACGCUAGCAACGGUGUCGUUGUUCUAGGAGCAAACAGCUUCUCUGCUGUUGAGAAAUUCACUCAAGCAGACAUAGAUAAAAAUUUAACAUACUUCGUUCAUGAUGGAAGUAAUCGGUCUGGGAUGUUUCGCUUCAAAGUUUCUGAUGGGAAACAUCAACCAGUUUUCCAUAGUUUUCACAUCCGUCUAAUUCCUCUAUCUUUAGAGCUACUGAAUAAUUCUCGAGUAGAAAUACUACAAGGUUCAACGGUAGCGGUUUUCCAACCUAACCAUUUGAGUGCUGUUACAAAUGGGGACAGAAAUAAUAUUUGGUACAACAUUACCUCUCCGCCAAUGUUUGGACGUAUAUUUCUUGGAGAUAAUUCAGCACAUAAUUUUACCCAACACGAUAUUGAUAUAAAUUCUGUGUUUUACACGCAAAUGGAUAUGACUGUUUCAGAAGAUUAUUUUACUGUUUCUGUAUUUUGUUUAGAUAGUGAAAUCCUAGACCAAAUCAUCGACAUUACUGUUAUUCCACUUGUUUACCAAAGUGACUUGGAAAUAUCCAUUGGUAGCCAAGCAGUCUUGACCCUAGAACAGCUAGAUGCAUCCAAGUUAGUAGAAAAGACAGGAAGUAACCCGAUAUACUCAGUUGAUGCUAAGCCUAGAUUUGGGGUUCUUCAACGUCAAAACUCGCUUCGAGAAAAACGAGAAGUCGCUGAAGUGAACUUUUUCACCCACGAAGAUAUUGUCAAGGAGCAGAUCAUCUACAAAAUCCUAACUCUGGAUCUUGAAGACAUUGUUACCGACAUUUUUUAUUAUACACUCAAUGCACCUGGUGUACAACCCGCUCGUGGACAUUUCGAAUUUAUUAUUAAUCCUCAAAUUUAUGAACUUGUGCCAAAUACCACUGAAAUUCCUCUUUUCUCCGAUAACAACUUCAUUGAAACUACUAAUACAAAUAAGACGGUAGUGAAAGAGGAGGAUUUCCAUCACGAUGGAGUGAUUAUAUCUCUGCUCAAUGAUGAAUAUGUCAUGAUAAUAUGCAUUAUUGCUAGUAUUGUUGUUCUUGCUUUAGUAGUUAUACUUAUCAGUAGAUGCUGCUAUAUUCGAAAGAAAAGGCGAUUGAUAUCUAGUGAUAAUCAAAAUGGUAAAGUGCUUGGUACUCAUGCAAUACAAACUAAACUAAAUGUUGAAUGUAUGCCAUCAGAUAGUAGUUUAUCUUUGUCUGAUGACCUGCCUCCUCCAGUUCCACCUACUUCACCAUCAGACUUUGAGUGUCAUAGUUAUAGUAACUCUCCAAGAGAUCAAACUCAUCCUACCAUAUAUGACCAACAUAAAAACAUCCUGACGCCAACUCCAUCUCUGCGUUCUCCUGGAAAUAUUGAAUGGACAAGAACCAUUGUGAAUGUUCCAAUGUGUAAGGUGAUUCCUCUUAACCAUCGGAAUAACACCAUAACUAAUGAACUACCUGCAAAGGAACUGUCCUCAGACAUCAGUGAUAACAAAGAGUGGGAUCGGUAUAGUGAAAAAUCCAGUGAUGUCGAGUAUAAACCUAUUUCCAAUCAACUGUUGGAAAAUAAACAAUAUUGGGUAUAAUAAAUGAAAGGCGUUUCAUGGAAAUAAACACGUUAUAAUGAUUAUCAGGGCUAUAUAGAUGGGGUAAUUUUAUACUGCAAUAUAUUGCACUAUAUAUUAUUACUUGCAUUUAGAAUUACUCAAAUGAUAUCAAUUGUAUGUCAAUGAUAUUGUUGAAGAUGUAACAUUGCCACUCUAUGUUUAAAAGUAAGGUCACAUAAACCCAGGUGAGAGUAGAUCUUCACUCCACAUUAUCUUAAGCUCUAGUGAACUAUAAAUCUCUAUUAUUCAUAAUCUUAACCUCUGAGGAAGUGAAGACCUCCACUACACAUGACCUUAACUUUCAGAGAAAUGUAGAUCUCCAUUCUACACGCCCCUAAGCUCUAGAAAGCUGCAGAUAUAUACUCCGCAUAAUCUUAACCUCUAAGAAAGUGUAGACCUCCACUACACAUGACCUUAACUUUCAGAGAAAUGUAGAUCUCCAUUCUACACGCCCCUAAGCUCUAGAAAGCUGCAGAUAUAUACUCCACAUAAUCUUAACCUCCAGCGAAGUGUAGAACUCUACUCCACAUAAUCUUAACCUCUAAGAAAGUGUAGACCUCCACUACACAUGACCUUAACUUUCAGAGAAAUGUAGAUCUCCACUCUACACGCUCCUAAGCUCUAGAAAGCUGCGGAUAUAUAUACUCCACAUAAUCUUAACCUCCAGCGAAGUGUAGAACUCUACUCCACAUGACUUUUACCUCUAUAAAACUAUAAAUCUCUACUCCACAUGGCCUUCAGUUCUACGGAAGUGUAAGUCUCCACGACACAUAAUCUUAAAAUCUAAAAAGCUAUAAAUUUCUGUUUCACAUAAAUUUAACCUCAGAGAAGAGAAGAUCUUCACUCCACGCGACCUUAAUCUGAGUGGCUUACAAAUAAAGCUAAAUAUGUCAUAGGCUAAUUGGAAGUAGUAGCAUCUUGUUAUCCUUUAUCAGUCUGAAGAUCUGGAUGGCAUUUUUUACCACUUCUUAACAUGCCGUUGGUAGCAUAUAAUAUGAUUAUAUGAUAGCAUAUAAUCAUCAAACUGGAGUUCAAAUUUGUGGUAUUUUAAUAAUCAGCAGUAAUUUGAACUGAAACUAUUUAUAUCAAGAUAUCAACCGCUGUCUCUCUAUAUGGUACUAUAGAUUUAAAAUAAGAAGUUUAUCUCAAAAGCACUGCUUAAAAGUACAUUUAAAAGCAGUCAAAAUCAAUAAUAUAUCUAACUGAGGAAGUGUAUUAAGUAGUGACCGAGGAAUGUGUUAUGUGUAUAUAUUGAUAAAUAUACUUGUAAAUAAAACGCUAUCAUUUGGAACUACAGUAUUUGAUAACCAGAACGGGUAUGAUUAUUCGUAAUCUAGAAGUUAAUGCGGUAAACUUCAUACAUUAAUACAUGUGAAGCUGCUUCAGAAUAUAACUGUUUUCCCAAUAACUUGUGCUAAUUUUACGUGAAUGAUUAUGUUACUAUCUCUCGUCGAAGUUAGUAUUUCAAAAUUUUCUUACUUUUGGUAAUUGAAGUGAAAUAUUAUUAUUUUCUUAAAACCUACAAGUUAUAUACAGGGGUGUUUGUGAUCCAUGGUAACGAUAAAAAAUUAGGUUCCUAGGCUUUAUAACCAACCCCUUUUUCUACCACUGAUGAGGUUUUAGUGUGAUAUACAAUGUUAUCCUCCUCCUUUUAAUAUAUUUUUGAAAAUCCAUUAAAUGCGAACGAAAACUUUGGAGGAUCAGUUUGAUCAGUGCAAAAGCACGGAAGUCAACGGUAGAUGUCUUCAAAUGGUAUAGCUUUACUUGUUUCUUCUAGAGGAACUGGCAUGUUAGCUUAGACGUGUGGAUGGAUGAUAUGUUUUCACGUAGCCGUGCUUUAUUGAUAUCCAAUCUAAAUGAAAAUGGCAUUUCUUCACGAGAGAACAGUGUCAGCACGGUAGCUUCACAAACUCUUUGGAAAAACUCUUGUGAAAUACUAUGUACCAUUUUUAAGUGCUGUAGCACUGGUAGGAUGAUAAUAAAUAAAAUUGACUUUUCCAGACUCUAAAAAAGACAUGCUUCGUCCAAUGUAAUUAUAUACUUUCAUUUAUCAAAUACUACAUAUUGCUUGUACAACUUUCAGUAAUUGAUCUUCCAUUCAGUUAUGUGCUUUGGAAGAAGCUUAUGAACACAGCUUUUGUAUCACUUAUAUAGACCUAAACCCGUGUGAAUUAUCCUGUUUUCUGUUCAAGGAAGAUUACUAGUUUAGAUGUAAUGAACCGCUGUGUUCUUGGGUUAUUUGUGGUGACAAACUGUUCAACUAUCUUCACUACCUCUGGUAUACAACAGGUAGCUUUUGUGCUCCCCUCUGGAGCCACCCAUUCCCUUGCUGGACCAGUAUUGGUCAGUACUACAAAUAUUCCUUUCUUUUUAAACUCAAAACUGUUGUGUCUUGCAUGCUUUUAUAAUUGCAGAAUAGGAGAGCGUUGCGUCGGAAAGUAUUGUAAUGUUUAUCUCCAAGAAGGGUUCAAUCGUGGGUACCCAUCUACACUUGCAAGUCAACACACACUGCAAUGGCAUUGUAAGAUGUGUAAUCACAGUCAUCUGGGCGAUGGGGAGCUAGGAACAAGAUAAUUGGGUAUGUAGGUUGUUACCAUAGAUCUCUAACAAUCUACUGUACACACACACACAUGUUUAUGUAUAUAUAUAUAUUUCUGUACGUAUGUAUUUUAUUUGAAAUAUCGUGUUUGUUUAUAUGCAUAUUCGAGUUACGUAUGUAGUUUGUUUUGGAGUGCCUUUCUAUACCUGUGUAGUUGAAUACAGUUGUUGAUAGCUUUUAAGUUCAAAAAUGUUGUCUUUUUGUCAGUUGUUCACAUGUUAUGGUCCAAAAUAAUAAUAAAAAAGCAAAAUGAAUAAAAAUAUUUCCGUAUUCAAGACAAAAGAAAGUGUUCUUGUAUAUAUUACACGUUGUAUUCUUCCAUUACCUGCCUUACGUACCCAGUGUAUUCUUGGAUGAUGACCAUAUAUUCAUGUUUUGUACUAUUUAAUCUGACAUUUUUCUGGAAUUUUCUUAUAAACCUUGUCUAUUUUGGGGUUCUGUAAGAAAGUUUAGAAAAUCAGUUGUUCUAGAGAAUUCAAUGUAAAGAAAUUCUAGUAAAAAGUUGAGUAACCAUGAUUAACUGUACAAUUUUCUAUAAAUAUUAUUUCUCGAACAAUAAACGUUGUUAUU